AUGUCUGUUUUAAGACCAGAUCGAACCUCGUGUGCCACAUGUGGCCAAACAGCUGGCAUAUUUACUUGUCGUGGAUGUUCCGAGAAUUUUUGUUUACGUCACACCAACGAACAUCGCGAAGGUCUGGAAAAACAAAUGAAACAUAUCAUUCAUUCACAUCAACAAUUAAAGCAAAACAUAACUGGUCCCACAAACGAUCAAUCGUGUCAAUCACUUCUUCAGCAAAUCGAACGAUGGGAACAGCAAUCACUAGCGAAGAUUCGGCAAGUGGCUAAUGAUACUCGUGAUCAAGUGUUAGGCAUUGUUCGACAACGAACCGAUGAUCUUAAAGAACAAUUAAGUAAAUUAAGUCAACAGCUGGAUAAAGCUCAAAAAGAUGGUAGUUACUUCGAAGAUGAUAUCAGAAAUUGGUUAGAAAGAUUACAAAAGUGUCAACACUUGUUCCAAGAACAACAAAACACUCAACUUUAUUUUGAAAGAAGUUCAGUGCCGUUCAUAUCAAAAAUAUCCCUUCAUGAUAUAACAAACGACGCGCUUCCGCAAUCGUCGUCCGAAGGUUUAUAUCAACGAAAGUUGACAAAGUAUACUGAUGAUUAUUCGAAUUCGCCAGAAAAUGGCGAAUACUCCAGAGGUGAACGUUCGUUACGAUUUCAAAUCGAACAAUAUAGUCGAAAUAGUUCUAUUCUCUUUGGAAUCAUAUCAAAGAAUAGUUUAGACAAUGACAAUCCACAUGAGAAUCCCACGUUUUACGGUUGGGGCUCGAAGAAUCUUGUCUAUCGUGGUGGUGAUAUUCAGGCUAAUUAUGAUGGAUAUAAAACAGAUGUUCAAACAGAUGAUAUUCUAAUGUUAUCGAUCGAUUGUGAUCGAGAAACGAUUAGUUUAAAAAACGAACGAACGCAACGAACGUAUGUUUUACAAAUUGAUCUGAGCAAAUGUCCGUUUCCUUGGCGCCCGAAUGUUCGAUUUAUUUCAAAUUAA